CAACAACAUAAGGGGGGAAACAUGAUGGGAGUAUGACGGCUGCCACACGGCUGAUAUCAAGGUUGACGCUGGUCACUGGAGGAGGCAGUGGGAUCGGACGGGCGGUAUGUCAGCGUUUGGCCUCUGAGGGCGCCUCCGUGGUGGUGGCAGACAUCAGCGAGGAGUCUGCCAACGAGACCAUGGUGGGUCUGCAGAAUGACCUCAGAGGACAGGGUCACAUGGCGGCUGUGGUGGAUGUGUCAUCAAAAGAGAGCGUGAAGAAGCUGGUCACCAGAAUACAGGUGUGAUACAGACAGGAAGACAAGCCAACACAACAUGUGUUUACAUUUCCAUCAUAAUCAGCAACCUUUCUGUAGAAAAAGGUACUUUUCUCUCUGUGUGUUUUCAUGCUGGAGGGGCUAUUCCACGUGUUGUUUUUCUCUCCUUGUAAGUUAUUGUUC